AUGGGUCACCACGAAGUUCCCAAGCUCAAUGAUCCUUCCUUGCUUAUAUCUAAAGCUUACGUGAACGGAGAGUUCGUCGAUGCUGCAUCAGGCGAGACGUUCGAAGCACAUGAUCCUAGCACGGGCAAGAAGAUUAGCACAUGUCCAGAAUUCAAUAAGCAAGAUACAGAGAAGGCAAUAGCGGCUGCGGAAGAGGCUUUGAAGUCAUGGCGAAAAACGACAGGACGCGAACGUGCCACAUAUCUACGAAAAUGGUAUGAUGAGAUGCAAAAGAACGCUGCCGAUAUUGCAACUCUGAUUACAUGGGAGAAUGGCAAACCACUAACCGACGCGAAAGGCGAGACCCAAUAUGCAGCCAACUUCUUCCUCUGGUUCAGUGAAGAAGCUGCACACAUCCACGGCGACACAGUUCCAGCCUCGAUCCCGGGAAACCGUGUAUACACUAUCAGACAGCCAGUCGGUGUCUGUGGUCUAAUCACGCCAUGGAACUUCCCUGCUGCAAUGAUUACGAGGAAGAUCGGUCCUGCGCUUGCGGGAGGCAAUACAGUCGUCGCCAAAUCACCUGGCGAGACACCUUUCACAGCCAAUGCGCUGGCAGAGCUGAGCCGAAGAGCUGGUAUACCCAAAGGUGUGGUCAAUUUUGUCACCGCCUUGAAGAAUACACCCGAGGUUGGAGAGGCACUCACAACGGACCCACGAAUCAAGAAAGUCAGUUUCACCGGCAGCACCAAUGUUGGUAAGCUCCUGAUGAAACAAGCAGCAGGCACAAUGAAGAAGGUUAGCUGGGAGCUAGGAGGAAAUGCACCUUUCAUCGUCUUCGAUGAUUGUGCCGACCUUGAUGCCGCUGUCGCAGGCGCAAUUGCCUGCAAGUUCCGCAGCUCUGGACAGACAUGUGUCUGCGCCAACAGAAUCUAUGUACAAGACGGCAUCUACGACAAAUUUGCCGACAAAUUUGCAGAGAAGGUCAAGAACUUCAAGGUUGGAUAUGGCUUCGACGAUGGUGUUACCCAUGGACCCGUCAUUCAUGAUCGAGCUGUGGGCAAGGUCGAAGCUCAUGUACAAGAUGCGGAAAAGAAAGGUGGCAAGGUGUUGACUGGAGGCAAGAGAAUGACUGAGCUAGGUGACAACUUCUUCCAGCCCACAGUGAUUCGUGAUGCAACCAUGGACAUGCAGAUCGCUCAGGAAGAGACAUUUGGUCCAAUUGGGGCUUUGUUUAGGUUCAAGACCGAAAAGGAAGUCGUGGCGUUGGCCAACGAUACUCCUGUCGGUCUUGCUGGUUACUUCUACAGCAGCAAUGUGAACAGGAUAUACAGAGUUGCCGAAGCCCUAGAGGUCGGUAUGAUCGGUGUCAACACUGGUUUGAUAUCCGAUGCUGCUGCGCCAUUUGGUGGUGUCAAAGAGUCAGGCUUUGGCAGAGAAGGAUCUAGGUAUGGUAUAGAGGAGUAUACAAUCAUCAAGAGUGUUACAAUUGGUGGAAUUGAGAGUGAGCUACAAGGUUGA